GCAUUAUUUAUACAAUUAUUGGUACACUAUACUCGAAGACAUCUCGGGAGCUUAAGAGAAUGGAUUCUGUAUCAAGAUCUCCGCUGUAUUCUCAUUUUACUGAGACUUUAAUUGGCAUAACAACAAUUAGAGCAUUCAGUGCAUCGAAACGGUUUAUGCAAGAUAUGCUAUUAAAAAUAGAUAACAAUAUUCGUCCAUUCUUUUAUAUGUGGUUAACAAAUCGUUGGCUUUCAAUUCGUUUCAAUGUUACUGGUGCAUUCGUUUCGUUUUUAGCUG